GACCCGACAGCAGUAUCCUGGGUUUUGCCUUAUAGGCCAACACAGAAAUCCACAGAAAUCCUUUCUCUGAAAUUUGAAGCAACCAUGAAGCUCAAGAAGAAAAUAUACCCAUCACCGUCUCCUUCCUCCUCCUCCUCCACCGUUUCUGCCACCGGCGAUGACAACUAUCUCUCCGUUUUGAAGCUCCUCCCAGCUGCCAUUCUGGCUCUCGCCUCUGUUCUCUCCCUCGAGGACCGUGAGGUUCUGGCUUACAUGAUCACCAGGUCCUUGAAGACGACCACCGCCAACCCAUCUUUGAUUGCGCAAGAUUCCAGGAAAAAAUCGGCCAAGAAGUCUCAUCUUCCUCCACCCAUAAGUGGUUCCACCGGAAAUAGCAAGUGGAAAACGAGGCACAAGCCUCCGGUGUUCGAUUGCGAUUGCUUUGAUUGCUAUACCAGCUACUGGCACCGCUGGGACUCCUCGGCUAACCGGGAACGCAUCCACCAGGUUAUUGAAGCGUUUGAAGAGCACUUGACCAACGGCGAAACCCAGAAAUCCAAGAACACCAGAGCUAGAAAGGGUCGUCGCAGCGCCGAUAAUCUACCCCUCCAGGUCCCAGCUGACGCCGAACGCUACAUCCCCGUUUCUGCAAUUUCUUCCCCUGAACAACCACCCCCGGCGCCGCUCGUUGUUGACGCCCCUCUCCCCGAGAAAGCUACUGAAGAAAAAGCAUCUGAAGUGGCACACAUGACCAGGGAGUUCCAUGUGGCAGCUGAGGAAGAGGCGGCGGGUGUACUGGCUGUGGCGGCGACGGCGACGGCAAGCAACCACAAGGGAUUGGCCAGGAAGGUGCUGCCGGACGUGUUAGGUUUAUUUAAUUCCCGUUUAUGGAAUCUGUGGAAUCCAAAUGUCUAGCUUUGGGCGAAAUUUUCGAGCCCUUCGAAAUCUAAAAAAAUAAUAUGAAAGGAUAUUAUCUUUUUGGGUGUUAUUAUGCCUAUCUCAAUGAAACGCUCCUUAUGUC